GUUAUGUAUAUUCAAGUAAGCAAUAUUAGGUGCAAUAUUAUAUGAAGUCGGGCGGACCGAUGCAGCACGAAAGAGUUCAUUUCCAGGAAGACCUCCCAAAAAGGAGAGACCUGUUUCGCCCAGACGCGACAGGGGCUGAUACGGAUAGUCUUCUGUCCUCGCAAUCGAGUAGUUCGGCCGCUGAAAGUGCGAGUGUCGGAAAUAUAGGGGAAUCGCCGUUCCGAGUAACUAAAUCCCAUAUUGGAAUCACUUCUCGUGCUCGUGUUUCUUGCAAAUCAUGCAGAAAAAGGUGUGUUGGCCAAGUUGUCCAGACAGUUCCUGCAAUUGAAGAGAGCUCCUCUGGUUUCGAAUCUUGUCCUGACUCUGGCUUGGAUCAAAGUGGAAAGAGAUCCAGUUACUCUAGGCUGCAGAGUAGCUUCUACCACGUGAAAUGUUUCUGCUGCUCAGUGUGCAAAACAACUUUAGUUGAAACUACAGGCGUGGGCAGGGGAGGCGAGGGAGACGAUAGUGGAUAUUUCGUGAAAGAUGACAGAUUGUUUUGUCCGAAACACUACCAGAUAUUGUAUGGGGAGAGAUGCACAGCGUGUUACAGCUAUCUCACAGGGGAGAUCAUGGCUGUACUGGGUAGGAAAUACCACAGUAGUUGUCUCGCCUGUUCUACAUGUGGAAGUGGGAUAAAGCCGAAUGAGAGAGUCAGUACAAUGGGAGCCACAGGUGCUACUGGUCACGAUAUUCUGUGCAGUCACUGUACCAAAACCGUCUGCAAUCAAGAUUUCGAUUUAAGUACUUCUCUCAGAUGUGCAGGAUGUCACAGUGCGGACAUGCGGUGUGGAGACACAAUUCUGGCCAUGGGCUACAGCUUCCAUGCCUGGUGCUUCAAAUGCGUACAAUGUAACUCUCUUCUGGAUGGACUAUACUUCCACUACCGCGACGCUGCAGCCGAACGCCAACAAAAUUCUACGCAUUUGUCCCGCUCAAGCGGAGACCAAACGAGCUCGCAGAAAUCGUCAGCCGCGACUCCGAAGGCGUUAUGCCCUAGUUGCUUCUAUGUGAAUAACUGUUCUCGUUGUUUCAACUGCGACGGCCCUAUAGAUCCUGGCGAGCAAAGACUGGAAAUUGGGAAUCGAAGUUUACACGAUCAAGUGUUUUCGUUUCACCCAAAUUGUGCCAAGUGUCACAACUGUCACCUUUGUUUUUCGGAAGGAGAGCAAAUAGAAGUGAAGAAUUAUCUGACCAAUGAUGGUGGGAGGGGUCUACUAGGUGGACGAAAAUUGUUUAUGCAUAGUGACUGUUCGCACUCAUUAUCGCGUAGAGCGAUCGAGACCAUGGACUUCGAUUUAAGCUUAGAGGAGCGAGGCAGUCACACCUCAUUUAGAAGAAUGCUCAAAACAGUGCCAGACCAACUGAGAUCACAUUCGAACAGACGGUCUUGGGCGACACCUUCCACUAGUUGCUCGUCAGUUGAGAACUAUUUCCCCAAGACUGGGUCACAGUACAGACUGAGUUAUUUGGAACCACGAAAUAUGGCCACAUGCGGGGGCACCUAUUUCAACUCUCUCUACUGUCGCUUUGUAGUGGCCAGUAUGGGGCGAGUGAGCAAGCAGGAAAAGACACUCCACUACCUCUCUCUCAGGUUCCACGAAGAGAAAGAGGUGCCAGUGGAGCCGUCAGGCAAGUACAAAGACACCGGGAUCCCAAUAUACCCCAAAGAGGUUCUAUUCACUAUGAACAAAGUCAUGCCAAAGGGAGUUUGUAGGAGUAAACUAGAGGCACAUCUAUCGGACGGCGAUUUCUUUUCCCUGUUCAAAAUGAGCAGAGAAGAAUUCUAUCGGCUUCCCACCUGGAAGCAGAAUUUCCUCAAGAAGAUGCACAAUUUGUUCUAAUUUUUAUCUAUCCUAAUUGCAAUCAAAUAAUUCCUCAAUAUAAGCUCCAUAUCUUCGCUCACUAAAUAUUCUAUAAAGCUACUGUAAUAAGAUGUUCAUCAAGUAGAUUUAAUUUUGAAGCCAUCGGGAUAUUGCCGUGUUUUAAACGGCUAUUUCUGGCGGCUUUAAAAAGUCAUCGGAGAUCAGUAUCUUGACCGAUAUUCUCAGUAUGCGAGCUUUUAAUAGUGCCAAAAAUAAUCAAAAUUAUUCGCUCUGCAAGUUCAGGGAACAUUAAGCUUUUCAAUAUCUCAAACAGCUAAAAUAUGAAAUCAAAUAAUAAAUUAUUGAAAAUGCAUUGAUACCGCACUCAUUUUUUUCUUGGACAAAUUCUGUUCUU